AUGCUUCCUGUAAUUAUUAUUUGUUUGAUCAUUUUAGGAAUUGAGUUCAUUACAGGGAUUAUAGCAAAUGGAUUGAUGAUCAUUGUGAAUUGCAGUGAGUGGAUCAGAAGCAGAAAACUGACCUGUUGUGACAUGAUCCUGACUAGCCUGGGCAUCUCCAGAUUUUUCCUACAGUGGACAAUAUUCAUUAACGGUAUCCUCGUUGCAUUAUCUCCAGCGAUGAAUGGACAGUGUGACAUACGGAGAAACCUCUAUAUUUUUUGGAUGUAUCUAAAUAUUCUCAGCCUCUGGUUUGCUACCUGGCUCAGUGUCUUCUACUGUGUGAAGAUCGCCAACUUCAGCCAACCUGUCUUCCUCUGGCUGAAGCGGAGAAUAUCAGGGCUUGUGCCACUGCUACUCAUGGGCUCCUUGCUGGUCUCCUUGGUCACCUGUCUCCCUUUAGUCAAUUUCAUAGAGAGAAAGUACAUAAACAAUUCAACAAAUAAUCUGUCAGAAAACACCAGAGUGGACUGUAGACAUAAUAUGAAUUUAUCUCCUGAUCUUGUUAUUUUGUACAUGCUUGGAUAUUCUUUUCCUUUCUUUAUAUUUGUUGUUCCUACUGUACUGUUAAUCACUUCUCUAUGGAGACACACCAAGAGGAUGGGGAAAAACACAAACAUCUCCAGGGACACCAUUACUGAGGCUCAUGUCAGUGUAAUUAAAGGUCUGAUUGCUUUCAUUUUCUUCUACAUUUCUUAUUUUGUGGCAAUAGUGCUAUUUUUAUUACAAAUAUUUGCCCACAGCAGUCUCUCUUUCAUGUGGUUCUGUAUAGUGGUAAUGGCUGCUUAUCCCUCCUGGCACUCUGUUAUCCUGAUUUUAGGCAAUCCCAAGAUGAAGAAAGCAGCAAUGAGGGCUCUAAACCAUGCCAAGUGCAGGCUGAGGGAUGAGGCUUCAUAA